AUGUGUCAGACAUCCGCCUUCUCCAGUCGUCUCCUUUGGGAAAGGUAAGUCUCACUGAGGUACAUAGCGUCGUAUUUGUUCCGUCUUUAAGUUACGUGUUAGUUUAAUAUACUUUUCAUAGAAGUCAUAUCCAGACAUAUCUGCAAGUUACCGUGGCAGAGUCCUGGGCAACUAGUUGCAAUCACGGCAACGGUAUAGAAAAGGACCCCACCUAAUUGUCAGUAGAACGUGGAUCGUGCCACACGUGAUUUAUAGUAAAGGAAGUUUUAUGGGUAGGGCAGCACGUUAGAUAGUGAACUGACAAAAUGAAAUAAAACACAGAAAUCGCCUGGCUUUAUGCCGAAAGUCUUAUCCUACGCCAUUGUACGGCAAAGGAAAUGAAAGUAGUAAUUAAAAAAUAGAAAAAAAAGUAAAUUUAAUAAAAUAACGGAUUUUGAAUUAUGUUUUGAGGUUGUGGGAAGUAAUCGCUGUUGGCAGUGUAGUUUUUGCAAAUGCCUGCAAAUGCACGCCAGAAUAAAUUCCCAUAUUACACGAUCCACAGUUGAUUGACAGUUAAGCGGGGUCCUUCUCUAUACCGUUGCCGCAAUCACUUCUGGCAUAGAGGUGAAUGUUCGAAUUCUAGGUGUCUGUAUGAGUAAGAAACAAGAAGAUUGGUCGAGCACCGGAAUCAUUCUUGUUUGAGCUUUCGAACUCGUUCAAAAGUCCACGUUCAGAGAUAAAAGCAGCUACAGAACAGGCAUCAGUUAUAAGGGGUGUUUGCCAAUCAACGAUCGAUGGACAUUCUGGGUCAGGUUUUCGCUAAUAUUAGAGAAAGUCCCUUAAACCCCCUAUCCAUUUGGAUUAAACUACUGAUGUUGCAAAUUGUAGUCAACUCACUGCAUUGUUUGGAUGAUAAAGAACUAAAUGAAGAUUUUUUGAGAACUUCGUAUAAAUCGUGCUUCUGAAAUGCGGUUUGGGAGCAAUGCUUUGGAAUAAUAUUGGUGUUAGUCAAUUUAUAUGUUUCCAAAACUUGGCGAAAGGGCACUAAAUGUGCUCAACCCAUAUGUGACGAUAUACUUAUGCUAGUCUAAAAUUAGCAUUGGAUAUAAAAUAAGUUUUCAAGUUCGGCUUAAUCUGUUUAUUAAAGAUCUCGCAGGUAAGUUACUAUCCUUUCAAUGAAAAAGUCGCUCAGAAGCGUAACCCGAGUCUAGGACAUGUAUUAGCAUUGUAAAUUGCAAGAAUAUAUUCGAACUUCCAUUUUCGCUAAAAUUUACUGAUAUUUUACGUGAUAUAAUUACGUAAACAAAAUUUCUGCACAAGAAAAGGACAUUUCAUUGAAGGAUGUGGGUGAGCGAACAAAAUGCACAACGUUAAAUACGUCCAGAAAUUCUCGCAUUAGUUUGCGUUAUCCGAUUUCGUGAGAUAGGUCACGUGCUGUAUUUUCAGGUACAUACCGGAUUCUCGCCCCCAACGGUCCGACUUUUAGUGAUCGCCGCAUCCUAACUCGCAUCAGCAUUUCUCGUUUCAUACAAAGGGGCAGAUCCGUGCAGGCUGUGGAAGCCGACAGUUGUAUUAGUGUAAGUUGCUAAACAUAUUACUAUAUGGAUUAUAGUAGUUUGUGUUGUUAACUAAAAUUGUUCACGUGAAUAUUCACAAAGUCGAGGUCACCAAAUGCAGGCUUUCGAUUGUUUAUUCUCAGGCCUCUAAUAAUAGGAGAAUACACGGGGAACGCGCUUGCUAUCAGUAAAAUGAAUGUAUCGACCAGAUCACCUCUUCGUCCCGCAGAGGUUUGGCAGACCUUUUCCUCCGUCGUAUGAGGUACUUUGAAAAGGUGACUUUGCGACAGCGGAUUGGCUGGUGGAGAAAGAAGAAGAUGAUGGAGAAUAAGCAGGAGGUGGGGGUGGAAGUAGAGGAGGAGAAAAAGAAGAUUGGCAUGAAAAAGUAAGAUCCAAAAGCUUUUUAUUGAGGAAUAGGGGAAAUUUAAGUAAAAAAAACUUCUUCAAUGUUUGAGUGAGGUUAUUAAAAUAAUUUCAGCCGUGUCUUGUAAUCUAUAGUUUUUGUAUCAAUUACCUGUAUGACCGAGUUUCGGCCGUAACUUAGAUCGCAUGCAAUAAUACUUUUAUCCCCUAUUUUGAGUACUGUGGAAAAUAAUUGUAGGUCGGCAUCAUACUGUAAAAAUUUUCAUGAUAGGCAGCUGUCUCUGAUGAUGGGUUAGAGUAAAAAUCCGAGACGUCAUUCGAACUGACUUCUUAUUCCAGCGAUCGUGUCUUCUUCUUCUGAACUGCCUUCUGGAACUCGUAGACUCCCUUCCAUACAUGACCGACUUUCCAAUGCCUCCGCGCACCGAAUGUCUAGAUGUCAAAUCGCAAUACAUACCAAACAAUUAAAUGUAGUCCGUUAAUUCCUGACAGAUAUACAUUAAAAGCAGCAGUUAUUUUUAGACCACAAUCUAAAUCAAUAUGAUCUCCUGAUGUCAUAAGUGUCGCCAUCAUCUGGCGAGUAGUUGUUAAUAUAUUAUAGACAUAUUACUUUCUUUGUUUGAGUAACGCUUACUGUUUAAAUAUUUAAAUGAAACCCACGACAACUCACUCGCCGUUAACCUGAAAUUUUAUUCUGCUGGCGGACUACUGCAAACGUUUAGUGUACUUAUUAAGACCAUACUUUCGAUCCUGCAAACGUACAGGCGUACACAAUAACCUUAUCAGAAUUGGCUUUUACCUAAUACAAAUGGAUUUUAUACCUCCUUCUCACCCGUACUUCUGCGUUUACAACCUGCUCACACAGUUCGUCCGUUAUGUCUCAGGGUUGGUGCGAAAAAACUGACUUCCGCCUUUGUAGAAAAAAGAAUUGGACUGCAAGUGAACAAACGAGUGUUUAGCAAUGCGCCGAUGGCGUCAGUAUCGUUCGUAUGCAGAACGCAGACCUCAAAACCACUAGAAUAUAUCUCAGCCUUCCCCCUCCACACCGUAAGGUCGCGAAAUUCUCUGCCUACGACUCAAGCUAUCGGGAUGCUUUCUCGGUAUUCCUUAUAACAUGUCGUGCCUCCUUCUAAUGUCAUGCUUCCUAAGGCAAGACAUGAAACACCCUCCGCAGUUUUCAUGGAACCCUGGUAGACAUCUUUUGAUAAGCUUUCAAAUGGAAAAGGUUUUCUAGGUGGGGCCGCAAGGCUCGUCAACAGGAGGCAUAGUCUGAAGCCAGUUCUUGCUCAGCGGCACAGUGGGUUUUGCGUGAAAAUUUUUUCGGUCAUCUCUGUCAACAGCAUUUUAAAAAACAGCACUGACUUAGCAGUUGCAUUAGCUGACAAUUUUUCUAAAUUUCUGGCUAAUUUCAAGCAAGCUUUAUGGAAAGAAAGAAGGAAUGAAAGUGUGUCAGACAUGAAUAUACGCGACCCUCACUCUUUCAGGUUAGUGCAAAACCACCACCAAUACGGAACUGGUGAUAAAAGCGGUUUUGGGGGUGGGACCCUUGGAAGGACGGAUGAUGUAACGCCCCUGGACAUGAAUAGAAUUGUUUGAAUGUGUGACACUUUUCCGCGCGAGGACCUAGGGUGGAGAUGGCGUAACCGCGUGUCGGUGAAGAUGGCCGGUGUCCUUUCUCUCUCUUCUGCCGAUCCCUUCCCCCGCACCGUACCGUAACGCUCGCAUCGCUCUCCGUCUCACUACAUCGGCACCUCCCUCGACCCUUCCCUGCAGUUGCCCACAGAGCUGCAUUCCCCACCGGUUAAUGAGCUGGCAUGUCGGUAUCGCCUCCCCACCCAGACAGGCCAUUUUAUGGCUGUAACUCAUUCCACCUGUACGAGUAACUAUUAUUAUUAUACGUUUCUCCCAUGACCGUCUUGUUAUACUAUACUGUAUCCCGUUCCCGACGUACCAUCUUCGGCUGAGUGUGAAUGAGUAUUCAGAGAUGCUAACAGCUCUGUUCAGACCUAUCUCUUUCCAGGAUCUACUCUCAGCGUUUCCUUACCUUGGUGUGUGCUACCCUUGAUGUCCUCGCCCGCUACAAUGAUGCGGCUGAAAGUAUGUAGCCAGCCAAAAAUCCUAUUUACGUCAUACGUCUGUUUGGGCGGCUAAAACGAUUCCAAAUUCAACUUUGCGCAGAGUAAGAAGUAGCCCAUAGGAAGGGCUGAAACUGAGUGGCCAAUGAGCUUUCAGCAAGGUUGUCAAGGCCCCACCUGUUCAACCCCCUACCACCUUUUCCGGUCUUACGUUAAGGUUCCAAGGAGAGGAAAGAGUGCAUAUACUCAUUUGCUACCUUGGAAAGUUUACAGCAUUCAUAAUAGUUGAGACUAUCGAGUGACUACUUGUGUAGUCUGCCGUCGUCGGGCUUAUUGAUGGUGUAGGUAAAUUCAUUUUGACCCAACUGGGAAAAACUCGACGCCUCGGUGGGAUUCGGACCCAAGACAGCAGGGGGAAGGCUUCAGUGCAGCGAACGCCCUAGCCACCCCCGCCACGAGGUCCCAUCGGGGUCGUGGGUUUGAUCACAUUUGGUUGAUAAAGUUCCAACACAGUCAUUAUCGAUCGCAAUAUUCUAUAAACGUCGGGAGGCAACGCUAUAGGGACAAAUAGGACUAUGCGUAUUUGUUUCAUAAAAAGCCUAUUUCAUGAAGUGUUGGCCAAAAUUGUGAAUUGUGCUUUCGAUUAGAAAGGACUAUUUAAGUGAGGUUGUAAGACCGAUUAUCCAGCAACAUAAUCCCACGAUCUUUCUGUCAAGCAGGGAUGCCGGCAUUGAAUGCACUUCUUUUCGACUAUUUGCAAAGACCACACUGAGUGAAAAUGACUAUUAAUUUAGUAUGAAUUUCCCCCAUUGAUUUUCAACGUCCACAUAAACUAAAAUAUAGUUCAUAGAAAACAUGCGCAAAAUAUACUUUCUUGUGCCUAUUUGGUAACACAAUACGUCCUCGGCAGAGUCUAUAUUCGAAGAAAUUGCAUUUUUCGGCCUUAGAUAGCUUUUUCAAUUCGCGAAUAACUCUAGACCUAACCUGUAGUUGCACUUGCGCCUAGGAUUUAGUGACUACAUGUUGUGUGCUUUCCGCGUAAGGAAAACCGUCCAUUUAUCCAUGCUCUUAAAAAGACGUCAUAGAGAGCUUUUAAAAUUCUGCAAUGAAUUUGGACCAUAUUGUUCAUAAACGGACAGAUACGAUGCUACAUGCAGGGACUUUUGACGGUCUUCAAAGAUACCUUAGGUACAGAAAUUUAACAAACAACAGCAACUAAUGCUACCUAUACUGCUGCCACUUCUAUCCCUAAUACGUGCUGUAGGUUAUAUAGAAACCAUAAGGAGUCGAAACGCGGGUAAUACUUCAAACUACGCGCACAUAUAUAAUUACUUUUAAAAUACCGUCCUGUUAAACUUGCUUGCCCACCGUUUAUAUUUCCGCAACCAGUUAACUUAGAGAGCGACGGGGAAGCUCUGUAUCCCGUCCCUCUGCCCUUUCCCCACUCCUCCUUCUCCCCUAUCCUCAAAAGUUCUACGGCGAGAGCAGCAACUAUCACAUAGGCGGCCCAGGCCCACUCGGGUCGUUCUCCCACCAAGCAAAGUCGUGGCCCAUAGUGGAGUCCGGCAAACGUCUGGGAUGUCUGAGCAGCCCAAUUUAGGGAGGGCAUUGCUCACCCCAACCCCCGCUAGAUCGCAGUUGGUAGCCAGGUCCCGUAUCACCGGUGGCUGGGGGGUUUGUUUGCUGGGGCUGUUUUGUGGGGUUCCAUAACCACAUCUGACCCAUUUGGCUUCCGUUUUACGUUUGAGGUAAGGAUAAGGGUACCGGUUAAUGGUUUCCGAGUUUCGGGUUAGAGUUAUGACUUUAGGCUUAGGUUUUCGGGUUACAGUUAGAGUUUGAGCGUACGAUUAGGUUUCAGUAUUACGCUUAGUUUUUUCAGUUAUGGCUACGGUUACGUUUACGAUUUCGAAUGGGUUUAGGCUUAGGGUUGCCGUUAGGGUUAACGGUUAACGUUUACUGUUGAGGUUAGGGUUAAGGUCGCCGCCUGUUUCCUCAUUCCUGGCUACCAACCGCGAUCACCACCCCCUCGAGGGCGAAGGAGCUAGAAAAGGUGUCCUGAGAAGAGGCUGAGAUCACGUCCUCUGCGCGCUGACGGUGGCUGACAGACGCAAAACACACGAUCGGAACAGCCAAGCAAGAAACCAUACUUUACCUCUUCCUCCUCCUCCCCCUCCUCCUAAUCGUCCCACCCCACAGUCUGGUAGGGCGAGUUCGCCCACUGACAGCAUGGAAUUUUUUUCUAUUUUAGACAAUCCGAGGAGCAACCGACCGGAACGGAGGACGGCGCUAGUGGCACGGGAACUGGUGAGCUACAAGGUGGACAUCGUUGCACUCAGCGAGACCCGAUUCUCCGAACAAGGUCAACGGGAGGAAGUGGGUGCUGGCUACACCUUCUUCAGGAGCGUUUGUCCCAUGGCAGAGCGACUUGGCGCGGGCGUCGCUUUUGCCAUCCGGAAUGACAUCGUGGGACGACUGCCCUGUCUUCGGCAGGGCAUCAACGAUCGCCCGGUGUUCUUCCGCUUCCGCGUCUCCAUGGAGGCAAAUUCAUCACCAUCGUCAGCGCCUACGCUCCCACCAUGA